GGCCUUCGAUAUACAAGUCAUGGAACACUGGUUGAUUGGGACAAAAGAAUAACCAAUAUAGGUGUUUGUCCAGGACAGCGUUCUUGAACCUUAAUAAUUGGAUAUAUGCACAGAGCAAUAAGUUAAAAGGAAAUGCAUGAGAAACUCCACAACAAUCAACUCAUGCAUGUAAAAUAAUAACUACACGAGGUCAACGUGACCUGAUCACAUUACACUGUCGUAUCUCGCAGUCCAGUGACCUUGGUCAUGCUCCCUUUGCUGUGCAAGGCUGUGUAGGCCUUUUUUUGUUAGUGUCUCGAGAGGUGACUGUUCUGACCAGCAAUGUCUUCGUUUGCUCCAACGUCUGCCAACCCUGGGACCUCAGCCGCCACCAAGUACGAUGCUGACGACGCCGAGUUUUUCCCAGGCAUUCCCAAGAUACCUUUCAAAGUCGAUGCGGGUCCUUCAGAGACCUUGGUAUUUAAGCAGUAUAACCCAACUGAGGUAAUUAUGGGCCGAACUAUAGAGGAAUGGUUGAGAUUUUCUGUCUGCUUUUGGCAUACCUUCAGAGGGACAGGAGCUGAUCCGUUUGGGUUCCCGACCCUAAAAAGACCUUGGGAUGAUGGCAGCAACAGCAUGGCGAAUGCCAAGAGACGAGUAAGAGCGGCGUUCGAGUUCUUCACAAAACUUGGCAUCAAACACUGGACAUUCCACGACAGAGAUAUUGCCCCUGAAGGAAACAACCUUGCUGAGACGAACAAGAAUUUAGAUGAGAUUGUUGAACUAGUUCAGCAAUUACAGACUAAGACUGGAGUGAAACUGCUGUGGGCCACAUCAAACCUUUUUGCACACCCAAGGUACAUGAAUGGUGCCAGCACUAAUCCUGACGCCCAUGUGUUUGCCUGUGCUGCUGCUCAGGUAAAGAAAUGUAUGGAAGUGGCCAAGAAACUCAAUGCUGAGAACUUUGUGUUCUGGGGAGGACGAGAAGGUUUCCAUUCUCUUCUCAACACCGAUGUGAGGUCAGAGCUGGACCACAUGGCCAUGUUCUUUAAAAUGGCAUUGGCAUAUAAGAAGAAAAUAGGGUUUACGGGAACACUGCUUAUUGAACCAAAACCCAAGGAGCCCACAAAACACCAGUAUGAUUAUGAUGCUAUGACUGUGAUUGGUUUUCUGAAGAACUAUGGACUGGAUAAAGAUUUCAAGCUGAAUAUUGAGCCGAAUCACACCACACUUGCUGGCCAUGCCUAUGAACAUGACGUUGUACUAGCAUCAGCGUUUGGCUUACUUGGUUCCAUCGACUCCAACACGGGAUCGCCAGACCUAGGCUGGGACACAGACCAGUUCCCUAUGGACCACAAACAUGCAUCACAUGUUAUGAAGGUUGUAAUCAGCCAAGGAGGAAUAGAACCUGGUGGACUGAACUUCGACUGUAAAGUGAGACGAGAAUCAACCGACUUGAGAGACAUGUUCAUCUCUCACAUUGGAGCUAUGGACACCUUUGCCAAAGGUUUGAAAAUUGCAGCCAAGGUUAUUGAAGAUGGAGUAAUGGCGAAAUGUAUCAAGGAGAGAUACAGCAGUUACAAAAAUGGAAUUGGAGCAAAGAUUGCUAAAGGAGAUGCAUCAUUUGAAGAACUUGAGAAAUAUGUCAUGGAACAUGGGGAACCUGAAAUGCGGUCUGGACAGCAAGAGAAUUUUGAAAGCAUUCUGAACUUUUAUAUGUAAAUGUGAUCAUUCAUCGACUCUGUGCACAGACUUCACUGACAUCUACCUAGACAAAAUGAGAAUUGUAAAAGAACUAGCUUCUACAUCUAAAUAUGAUGAUAUAUGAACUUCAUCAACAUGAAAAUUUGGGAAAGAUGGAUUCAUAAAAUGACAAAUGAAAAUCUCUUUUCAAAUGUGAAUGUAACUAAAUGGCAAAUGUGGUCAUACAUACAAAUUAAACUCUUAAUGUUAUUCAUACAUUUAAAAUAUUAAAACAUAUUCAUAAAGGCAAAA